UACCUAGGUAGGUAGGUAGGUAGGCUUGGAGAGGGGAGAACGACGAAUUGAAAUGUCGAUUGUAUAGGCAGACAAAUGAGCUAGCUAGGCUAGGUAAUCUACCUAGGUUUCAGCUUCAGUACCGGUAUCCACGGGCUUCUCUACAAGGUCGCAAACCGGUGAAUGGCAACGAAGUGACGAGGCUGAACUUAGAAGGAUUGGGAUUCGUCAGACAUGGCCCUGUAGAGAACCAACAUGCGCAAUGUAGUGAGCGGUAAGGCACUUUACUUUACUGGUAUACUCCAGUCAUUACAGGGGGCCGGUAAGCGCCAGAUCCACUAAAUCCGCCCCAAGUCCAUUCCGCAUUAGCGACGUCAUUGGCGUAUAUUCUCCGGCACCCUCGCCAAAGCACUGGACAAUUUCUUGCCUGCCAUGGCAACGAAGCAUCGAUAUCGCGAUGCCACCACCAUGAGCCAAUUUGCAACUUGGCUCCUCUCCUUCCACAUCGUCACAUGUCGAGGGCCUCUGUUGCCAUGACCUGUCAGCCAACAUGACAAACACCGACAAGCACACCUUUCCCGACGUCCAGGGAGGAGGUAGUUUGAUCUUGGCCUGGCAAAUCAAGAACAAAACCGUCUUGGUCGUCGGCGGCGGCGAGGUCGCCGCCGGUAGAAUUCUCAAUGUGCUCAAUGCCGAUGCUAAUGUCAUCGUCGUGUGCCCGUCUUCCGGUCUCAACCCCGAAGUACGCCAUCGCAUCGACACCAACGACAACGUGACGCACAUAGAUCGCGUAUUCGAGCCUGCCGAUCUAGAGACUCUUCCUCCCACCAACGCCCCUCCCGACAUGGUUCUCGUUGCGGUCGACGACCCGGCUGCUUCGACACAGAUUUGGAAGCUCUGCAAGGAGCAUCGUAUCCCGGCCAACAUCGCCGACGUCCCCUCCGAGUGCGACUUCUACUUUGGCAGCGUCCAUCGCGAUGGGCCACUCCAGAUCAUGGUGAGCACCAACGGCAAAGGCCCGCGUCUAGCCGCGAGCAUUCGGAAGUGGAUCGGGAAUCAGCUGCCCUCCGGCGUCGGCAACGCCAUCGAGAGGAUCGGUGAGCUGCGUGUCAAGCUCCGCAAGAUGGUGCCUGACCCAGCCGAUGGGCCCAAGAGAAUGCGCUGGAUGACCAAGGUGAGCGACGCCUACAGCUGGGAUGACAUGUGUGCCCUCACCGACGAGGAUAUGGACAACCUCUUGAAGUUUUACCAAUCUGGAAGCGCCCCUGAAUUACACGUCCUGAAGGCCAUGCGUGGAGGCAAGGUUCCUGAAGACUUGGAUAUCUUUGACGGAUCGUUCGGCUUCAGUAUUGUUGCAUAGCUCAUAUGUAAAUUGGGGAGGCCUUUUUUCCAUACGAUUAAAGGCGUGGAUCUCUUACACCUCCUGUCUCCCUGGCAGAUAUCUUUCCAAGGCCUGUAGUUAUGUGCAGUUUAGUAUGAACCUGUCACGCUUAUGGACUCUGGUUUCGGUAUUUUUUUCUUGUAUCAAGGUUUUGGUUCACGAUUAUGCUCUACUAAGGCGAUUUCAAGCGGAUCACAUGUACAUUCAGAAAUUUAAAAAUUUUUGUAAAAAAAAUAUUCUCAGGCCAUCAUCUGCUGGCUCGUUAAUAAACUCAUAUUCACUUUUUUUUUUGUUCA